AUGGGUGAUGCUGCAUGCCCAAGUGAUGAUGAAUUCCGCCGCACACUCGAGGAGAGUCUCGCAACAUGGUCAUCCUAUCUCGAUACCCAAAGCGAGGAUAGCCUGCUCCCCCGGCGUGCCAUUGACCUGAGAUCUCUCGUGGUGGCCUCCCCUAGCUUGGACAAGACCACCUCGUUCGAUUGCAAGGAGCAGGGCAGUCUUUACAUCAAUGGCGUGUCGAUUUGGAGAACUUCCAAAGGAGAGUGUGAUUUACAGCCAAAGGUCAUGCCUAAGCAACUUCUACUAGCAGUAGGCAGUCGGACAAAUGUGACGUUGUCAGAAGACGCCCCCUUCUCAGAUUGGCCCGGAGUUCGCGGACUGUCGGGGUACGACAAGGGGAACUAUCUGUCAGUCCUUUAUCUUGCGUGGGCAUAUAUACUCUCUGCUCGAUGGGUCGAAUUGCUUAAUAGCUCUGCUGAUCAUGAAUGUCAUAUGGCCUAUACCGCACAGGAGGCAGAUAAUGUAUUGCCGGAGUCGGAUAAGCAAUCCGUGAUUGAAGUUGACAUUGGCGACAAUGUUUGUGAACAAGAAGCUCUCUGGUGGCGCAACCUCUUAUGUUCUGGUGACGGAUGGGAUGCCACUGUUGAUUACAACGGCCGUACUUAUUUGUCGCCGUGGUCGGUGUCGGCAAAUAAUGCCGGGCUUGCCCUGGCCACACGUUAUCCUUUGAGUGCCGAGUCGAACUCAUCAGGAUCGGUCGUCGCUCUCGAAUAUCUCUCUCGUUUCUGCGUUCACCAUCGCAUAUACGCUCAGUGCUCGGUUGCGCUUGCCGGGAUCUUCUCAACCAACACGGCGAAAUGCUACCGAGAUACAUGA